AUGUGUUCUACUACAUCGGGAGCUGCCUCUCAACUUUUUGCAUCAGCACUAAAUUUGCUAGCUGCAACACAGUGUUUCAUACCAGAAAAUGUCCAACCGCAUAACGCUAAUAACGAAACAUAUGACUUCAUCAUCGUCGGAGGUGGAUCAGCCGGGAGUGUUUUAGCAAAUCGACUAAGUGAAAUAGAAGCCUGGAAAAUAUUACUUCUCGAAGCAGGACCGGAGCCUCCAAUCGAAUCCGAUAUACCAAAUAUGGGGAUUUUUCUCUACCAAUCCAAGUAUGAUUGGCAAUAUUAUACUCAAAAUGAUGGUAUUAACCACCAAUCAUAUAAGACUGGUUCUGUAUACUGGCCUCGCGGUAAAAUGCUUGGUGGAUGUAGCUCGAUCAAUGAAAUGUUCUAUGUAAGAGGAAGUGAUCAUGACUUCCAGUCAUGGGCGAAUGCUGGAAAUCCAAGUUGGACUCCAGAGAACGUUAAUUAUUACUUUAAGAAAGCUGAAAGUUUACAAAAUAUUAAGUUACUAGAAGAUUCUGAUGUGCGAAAUAUAUAUGGAAGAGAUGGCCCACUGGUUGUUAAUAGAUUUAAUAGUACAUAUAAAGAUGUCAUGGAUAAAGUUUUAGAAUCUUUUAAUUUUAUGGGAUUUAAGCAUGUUGAGGAUAUUAAUACAGCAAAUUUUGAAGGAUCGGGAGUAUCCAGUACUUUUAGUGUGACAGCUGCAAAUGGCCGUAGAUACAGCACGUACACAUCUUAUUUAAAGCCAAUUAAAGACAGAAAAAACUUAAAUAUUGUGACAAACGCAUAUGUAACAAAAAUAUUGUUAAAUGAAGAUAAAAAGGCAUAUGGAGUUGAAGUGGAUAUUUUUGGGGUGAAGAAAACAUUUUACGCAAACAUUGAAGUAAUAAUUAGCGCAGGCGCAAUAAAUACUCCACAAUUAUUGAUGCUUUCUGGUAUUGGCCCGAAAGGUCAUUUAGAAUCUAAAAACAUUUCAUGUGUUGUAGAUUUGCCAGGUGUCGGUAAAAAUUUGCAUGACCAUAAUGGCAUCUAUAUUGCUGUAUACGGAGAUGAAGAAGGAGAAGAAAAUGAAUUGGAUAAGUCUUUUGAAGUUGCAAAAUAUUUGUACAAUCGAAGUGGACUUCUAGCCCAAAACAGCUAUAGCGAUAUUACAGCAUUUUUUUCUCGUAAUCAAAGCAUGGAAUAUCCGGAAUUUCAGAUUCAUAUGGGAUUUGCGUUAAAAAAAUCGCAGAGUAAAGAUAUACAAGAUACAGUAGAAGGUAUAAAAAUACUUAAAAAGAUAGUGGAAACCCCCUACUUUAGAUCUAUAAAUGCAUUUAUACCCAGAAUAAAUAUACCUCAGUGUAAUAAACAUGAUUACGAAAGUGAUUUAUACUGGAAAUGCUACGUUAUUAACACAAGUUCAACAUUAUAUCAUCCGGUCGGAACGUCAAAAAUGGGACCGAAGUCAGAGGAUUCUGUUGUUGAUAACUUCUUGAAAGUCCGCGGAGUCAAAGGAUUACGAGUUAUAGAUGCAAGUAUAAUGCCUUCAAUUACUGGUGGAAACACAAACGCUCCAACCAUAAUGAUUGGUGAAAUGGGUUCUGAUAUGAUCAAAAAUGAACAUCUACAAAAACAUUAA